CUUUCCAAAAGUCACUUCCUUAACAUGACAAAGAAAUCAGCACAGGAAAGUCCCAAGAUUUGAGAAGUUCUGUGCCAGACACUUUGGGGUCUGGAUCACAGAAGGAGCUGGAUGUGGCUGAGUAUGCAGAUUGGAGACAAAACCAACAGCAGAGAAGGAUUGGCACAGCAGAGAAGAAAUCACACCGUAUCGGGCCACUCAGUGACUCUAGUAUGCCAUGUUUGUGUUUAUCUUGCAGUCUGCCUCAUGAUCGGGAUACUUAAGAAUCAUUUGACGAUUAGUUUGUCGCCAUAAUGACCUCUAAAAACAGAACCAAUGACAUCAUUAAAAAACUUAAAGCUAGCAAAAAACAUCUCUUGGAGGAGAUAAAUGAAAAGCGUGACUCCAACUGCUUUGUGGAAAGAAGCAAUCAAGUCAGUUUAUUGAGAGUUCAAAAGAGGCAUUUCAGUGGUGCCUACCAGUCCUUUACUCACACCCAAAUCAAAGAACCCGUUCCUGACAGUGGCAGGAGCUCCUGGGUCACACUGCGUCUCCUUGUUCACACCGAGAAAAAGCACUUUCCUGCAAAAAAUAAUGCCAUAUUUGGAUAAAGUGCAUCUCCAGAGACACACAGAAAUACAACCUCUUUGAUCCUUCUUCAA